AUGACCCAUUUCAAGCCUCGAAUAAUCAAACGAUUGCUUGUUGCAAACAGAGGCGAGAUUGCAGUUCGGAUCCUCUCGUCAGCUCGCGAGCUGGGCAUCGAGACCUUCGCAGUCUAUACUGAGAAUGAUAUUGGCCAUGUCUACAACGCCUCGCAUGCAAUCCAGUUGAAAUCACCUGCAUCGUACAUGAACAUCGACGACUUGAUUGCUGUAGUGAAGCAGCAUGACAUCGACGCUUUACACCCUGGGUACGGCUUUCUUUCGGAAUCUGCAGACCUCGCCAGCCGUAUGGCACAGCUCAAUGUGAUGGUCAUCGGGCCCGGCAGUGACAACUUGGCCAAGACUGGCGACAAGCUUCGCGCUCGUCUACUGGCAGUGGAAUGCAAUGUGCCGGUCCUUCCUGCUCUGACGGACCCAACGGGUAUAGUGGGCGAUGUCAAAGCUUUCGCAGAGCAGGCAGGUCUUCCGGUUAUGGUUAAGGCUGUCGACGGCGGCGGCGGUCGUGGCAUCAGACUUAUUCGUCAGAUGGAAGACUUGCAGAGCCUGAUAGUCCGAGCUAUCGAGGAGUCACCAUCAAAGCAGGUCUUCGCCGAGAAAGCCGCGGUGAAUGGCUUUCGGCACGUCGAGGUCCAGAUUGCUGGCGAUGGUAGAGGUAAUGUGAUGCACCUCUGGGAGCGAGAGUGCAGCAUUCAGAGACGAUACCAGAAGAUCGUUGAGCUCGCUCCAAGUACCGUCAUUGAUCGUGCCAUCGUGGCUCCGGUCAUCCGUGCGGCCGUUGCAAUGGCGAAGAAGAUCCGCUAUGGAUCGCUUGGAACCUUCGAGUUCCUAUUGAAUCCAGGGACUGCGGAGUUCUUCUUCCUUGAGAUCAACCCCAGACUGCAGGUAGAGCAUACCAUCACGGAAUCGAUAUGCGGUCUGGACGUUGUGAAAGCGCAACUGCUGCUCGCACAGGGAGCGACGUUCGCUGAAGCCGGAUUGGAGAUUGCCCAAGAUCCGUUGCGACCUCCGAAUAUGCACUCAAUUCAAAUGCGCAUAACUGCUGAAGACCCAGAGAAGAACUACUCGCUCAGCAUUGGCAAGAUCCUAUCGUUCCACUUCCCAUCCGGAAACGGCAUUAGGAUAGAUACCGCGCUGCACCAGGGCAUUCCCGCCGUUGUCACGUCUGAUUUCGAUAGCGUUAUCGCGAAACUGAUCGUUACAGCGCGGACUUGGCAGGAUGUUGUACGAAAAGCACAGCGCGCGCUGGAGGAUACUUCUAUAAUUGGCAUCAACACCAACAUUGCUUUGCUAAGAGCCAUUGUCGGGCAUCCGGACUUUGCAUCCGGUCGCUGUGAUACCCAAUGGCUCGAAACGAAGCAUUACGAAUUGCUUGAGAGCAUUAGAGCAAUAUCAAACCGCUCAGAUCCAACUCACGGACUUGUGACGCAGCAAUCCACCACGUCUGUCGGAGCUAGUAUCUCGACUUCAUCGGCGUUACUGAGCAAAGACGACGCUUGGUCGAUUGUCCUGCGCCCGUUAGCCAAUGCGAGAUCCUCCGAUGCGGCCCAAACAUAUCAUCUACGCCUCACCCGAAUACAUCGCAACGACUUUCCUCUUGCCAUUACAGCUGAUGCGAUCUUCACCUCCGCAGAUCAACAGCCAACAAACUACCACCUUGAGGCUCACAGCACUACCGCCUCUGCCGGCUCUACUGUCUCUCAGCACAGGCAAGGUUCGCGCUCGGACCCAUCACACAUCAUUCUUCCAAUCUCGGGUAAGCUUGUCGAGGUGUUGGUAGAUAUUGGCGAUGCAAUAAGAAAGGACGAUCCAGUAUGUGUUAUCAAACAGAUGAAGAUGGAGAUAGAAGUCCGCUCGCACAAAGCGGGGGUCGUUACCUGGAUCACCGAGGCUGAAGAUGACGAGGAUGUCGCCGAGGGUAUGUUGGCGGCUAUCGUGGAGGACGACAGAGCCCAGGCGAAGCUGUAA